UAUAUAUCCAAUGUUUAUUGCCAACAUUUUCCCAAGAAGAUUUUGUAUGACCGCAUACUACAAAAAAGUGACAAAUUCUCCGACAAUUUAGAAUAUUGCCUCUUGGUUUUCCCGUCUUCCCUUCCAUUGGAUCUCUAGCUAGCAGAUACCAAGAAAGAUGCAGGUUUCAGGUACAAUCAGUGAUGUUUUGGUACCAAUUCGAUCAAAUGGCUUUUAUCAUUCUCUUUCAUUCAAGAAUAUUCUGCAACCUUUCUCAGAUUCUAAGUUUCCCUUUCUUUCUUACUCUGCAAAUUUUAAUAAAAGCUCUAGUUCAUUUUACAUUGGAAAGCUGGCCACCGGAAUGGACGAAAACAAGUCAAAGAAAUUUUUGAUGAGAGCAUCUUAUCAUUAUAGAGAGGAUUCGCCUCCAAUUGCUCCUGUUCUAUUGGAGACUACAGCUGGGAAACUGUUGAUCCAAAUAUUGGAAAAACAUCAAGAUCAUUUUUCUUUAGCCAUAGAACAUCAACUUCAGAACAUGAAAAAUGUCAGAGAUGCUCAAGAGGAAGGUUUAAAAUCACCUAGAGCUACGUUCCUUGAUAGGAGAAUAUUUGAAGUAAGAGAGAUGGAUAGGCGGCAGGUUGUGGAAGAUAUAAUAUACUGCGCAAUUGUAAACAAAUUUACAGAGAAACAUAUUUACAUGAUCGCAAAGUUAAAACCAAGUUCAAAUUAUUCUGGCAGGGUGGAUUACUGGCCCAACCAAAUACAGAUACUCGGAUCUGUGCAUUCUUCAGAAGCGUUUGAGCUGAUACAAAGUCAUUUGUGGCAUGUUCUAGGGAACCGACAUGUGGGUCCCUUGUAUAAUGUUGUUGAAAUGAGCAAAAUAAAACUUGGAAAGCUCUAUGCUGCAUCUAUAAUGUACGGUUAUUUUCUUCGGAGAGUUGAUCAGAGAUACCAAUUAGAGAAAACCAUGCGAACUCUUCCUGAGGAAAAUGUCAAUAAAACUGUGAUGACUCGGGGCAAAUCAUCUCAAAUCCCGUUUUGGGAUCCAGAUCCAGUCACUAAAAUUCCAGUCGAUGAGAUUCCUAGAUUGGGGGAACCCUUUACGAUUGUUAAUGGUAAGUCCAAUAAAUUGAAGUCAUAUGUUAAGAACUUUGAUGAUGAAACUCUUCUCAGGUACGCUAACGUAAGAUCCAGGGAAGCAAUGUCUUUGAUUGAAAGGCAGACACAAGCCGUGUUCGGUCGACCUGAUAUAAAGAUUGUUGACGGGGGUGCGUUAAUGUCAGAUGAUGAUGAAGCCGUUAUGAUUACUUUCUCAGGAUUGAUAAUGCUACUCUUAGAGGCAGUUGCAUUUGGGUCAUUUUUGUGGGAUUCAGAAGACUAUGUUGAUUCAAAGUACCGUUUUAUUGAUAGCUAAAGGAACUUAUAUGGUAUUUUCUUUCUUGUUUCGAAAGAUUUUACAUUGGAUUUCAAUGAAAUUACAAAAUUUUGUUUAGUUAUGUUGAUAAAACUACAAUAGUUUGUGUA